AUGCCAAGAUCUGUGAUAUUUCCGACUACGGGGCGGUCGAGCGGCUCGCUCCGCAACGUGAUCUGGGAUACGGUCAUCCAACACGGGGGCAGUUAUCUGCUCAGCCUGACCGGGUUUUGGGGUGACCAAGGUGAUGGAGACGGGCUCGAGGUGUAUAACCUAACUUUUACGAACUGGCAUGGAUAUAACUCGGACAAUUCGCGACCCACAAUCCGAUUGCUUUGCUCUGUGAAUGAUACAUGCGCAGAUAUUGUGGUGGACGACGUCGCUCUCUGGACUGAUAGCGGCGAUGAUGUCACCUGGACCUGCGAGAAUGCGUUUGGCAGUGGAGCUUAUUUGGAGUCCGAUGGCCAUGCUGGCGAUUCCUACACGACCACCACGACCAUUACCGCCACGCCGACGUAUUCAAUCUCGACGAUGGCCAAUGACCUAAGCACCCCAUUCCCUUCGACCCAGUCCUUUACGAUCUCGACGGUUCCCACUUCAUUCUACCCGGGCGCCACCCCCAUUUCAUCCUUACUCAAGCUAACCACCGCCGGAGGCCUGGCUUGAAAGCAUGGUGUCUCACAUGGUUAGGAUGAUUGGAUGUAGUCGAGACACCCUGAAGUGGAGAGUGAAACGGCAAGAUGUCCAGGAAGGUUAGUUACUGGUGGGCCUUAGGGGAGGGUUUGGGGGUCACGCGUGGCAUUCAAGAAAG